GAUGGCGCCAUAGUAAUAUAGCAUUUGGAAGAUUUUACCGGAAAUUAAAAUAACUAACAAGACCAAGAUGACAAAUCAUGAAAAUUGGAUGGGAAACUUACCCGACAAGUUUCAUAAUAUGCCACUAAAUAAGAUUGCUAUUCCAGGAUCUCAUAACUCCAGUUCAAGCACAUUGAAAAAAUCAAAUAAUAUAUCCCCUGAUCAGCCAUCAGCAAUAAAAAACUUAGGGACUUUUGUGAAACCUAUUGUUUAUAACUGGUCAGUUUGUCAGGACAAGAGUAUCACGGAUCAAUUAAAAUUAGGAAUAAGAUAUUUAGACAUAAGAGUCUGUACUAAUGGAAACACCGAUGAACUCUUUACUUUCCAUGGUCUAUUUAGUCAAACUAUUGAAUCAUUGCUGAUAGAAGUUCGAGAAUUUUUAGAAAAUCAUUCAAAGGAAGUAGUAUUCUUAGAUUUUAAUCACUUCUGUGAAGUAUCUAAUGAUCAGCAUGAGAAAUUGGUAAAAAUGAUAGAAGACUAUAUGAAUCCUUUCAUAUCCGUGAGUAAUUAUACCAUUGAGAGUAUUUGUUUAAAUGGCUUAUGGGAAAAGAAAAUCCAAGCUCUCGUCUUUUAUCAAAGUGAAAAGGUCAAAAACUGUAAAUUUUUGACGAGAAAUUCUAUAAUUAGUCCUUGGGCUAAUACAGAGGAAUUUGAAGAACUACUCCCAUACCUUCAAAUUAUGCUGGAAGAUGAUAGUAGAAAGGAUCGUUUUCACGUUUGUCAAAUGAUUCUAACACCUAAAACCGAUACUGUUUUGAAAGGAUUAUUAUCAAAUUUAAGAUCGAAAAUGUGUACUCCCUAUUUUGAAAAAAUGAUAAAUUGGAUGAAUGAUCAGUAUACUGGAUACGAUCAUGGUCUUAAUAUUGUUAUCAGAGAUUUUAUAGAUGAACAGUUUACGGAUAAAGUUGUCAAGUUGAACUAUGAAAAAUGUCUUUAUGAAUAAAUUAUGAAAAUUUUACUAAUAAAAUAGUUUUCUAAUAAACUUACUACACUUAC